AUGUCUAUCUCACAAUCGAACUGGAUUCGCUAUGUCUGCGGAGCUUUUGGCGCAAUCUUCAUCGGCUUCGGAAUCAACUGUUUGGUCAACCCAGUCCUAGCUCUGUCCUUCUUCGAGCUCUCCUACUCGGACUUGCCAGAUCAGAGAAUGUUCGCCGACGCCAUGCUCAUGGCAUAUGGCUAUCGAGAUUGCUUCAUGGGAUUCGCAAUGUUGGCACCAGCAUACUAUGGAAGCCCAAAAGCCCUAGGCUGGAUCAUGUUGGCAGCAAGCAGUGUCGCCGCCGUAGACGGCUGGGUCUGCUACUCGAUCGUCGGAGCUGGAGAAAUGAACCAUUGGGGCUACGCGCCCAUGUUGGCUAUAGUCGGCGCUCCGUUGAUUGCAGGCCUUUGA